AUGGACUUCCCCCUCUACACAGCGACACCAGGACUAGCUGUUUUGAUUGUCGCGGCCUACUGGGUUGUCUAUAGGGGUUGGCUCUUCCCUGUCUACUUCUCCCAGUUGCGCCAUGUUCCAACCGUUGGGGGCUUCCCUCUCUGGGGCCAGCUCGUUCCCAUUAUAUUCGAGGAGUGUGGUCUGCCGCAACGUCGCUGGCACAGAGAACACGGCGGCAUCAUCCGUUACUUCUUCCCCUUCGGCUGCGAGAGACUGUCGGUCGCCGACGACAUGUCCAUCCGUCACUUGACAGUUAAGAACCCCUAUAACUACCCCAAGCCCCUUCGUGCCAAGCUCUGGAUGCAACGUAUCCUCGGAGACGGUGUUCUCCUGGCCGAAGGCGACCACCACACCUCUCAGCGCAAGGCACUCAACCCCGGAUUUUCCAUCACCGCUAUCCGCACCUUCGUUUCCAUCUUCUGGGAUAAGGCUUUUCAAAUGGUUGACCUCCAGUUGAGCGAGAUGCGCGCUUCCCAUCAGACUUCAACCAGUUUCGAAGUCCUGGAAUGGUUCAACCGGUGCACUCUCGACAUCAUCGGCGAGGCGGGCUUCGGCUACGAUAUCAACUCGCUUGACGAUCCCACCCUUGACAUCCGCCACGCGUACAGGUUGGUGUUCAACUUCGAUUUGGCUUCCCGGGUCCUGCACGGCAUCCAGGCCUUUUUCCCCAGCUCGAAGCACAUCCCGGCCCAGAUGAACCGCGAUAUGGAGCUGGCCCGCAGCAUCAUUGUCCACGAGGCGACCACCAUCCUCAACGAGAAGCUCGAAGACGCCGAGCAGAACCCCUACGCCAAGGACGUUCUCGCCCUUAUCGCCCAGGAGAACCUCAAGCUCAAGGACAAGGGUGAAGCCGGUCUCUCAUUCAUAGCCAUGCGCGACCAAGUCAUGACCUUCCUCGCCGCCGGCCACGACACCACGGCCACGGGCACCGCCUGGACCAUCCACCUUCUCUCCAUCCACCCGGAAGUGCAGGAACGGCUGCGGGACGAGAUCCGGUAUCACAUGCCCUUCCUCUUCAACAGCCGCUGGUCCCACGACCCGACAAUGGAGCUGGACGACCCGGACUGCCUCCCCUACCUAGACAACGUGUGCCGCGAGUCGCUGCGCUACAUCCCGCCCAUCCCCAUGACGGUGCGCGAGUCGCUCCGGGACGACGUCAUCGAGGGCUACAAGGUGCCCGCCGGCACCGUGGUGUACAUGCUUGCCAACGCCAUCAACCGCAUGGAAUGGUUCUGGGGUGACGACGCUGACUCGUUCGACCCGGAUCGCUGGAACUACCCGCAGGCCACGGCCACCCCCAACGCUUUCAUGACCUUCUUGCAAGGUCCACGUGGCUGCCUCGGCCGCAAGUUUGCCGAGAUUGAGAUGAAGGUCUUGCUGUGCGUUUUGCUCAGCCGUUUCGAGUUUACUCGUGAUUACUCGACUCCGGACCCGGAGGACUGGAAGAUGUGGAGAUUGGUGUUGCGGCCUAACGGAGGGGAUUACCGUGGGUGGCAAAGCCAUUAA